CCAUCUCUCUGUCUGUCCUUUUUCUCUCUCUCUCUCAUACACAAACUCCCUCUCUCUCACUGUCUCACUUUCAUAGUUGCACAAAAUCCACCCCCCCCUCCCUUUCCAUUGCUCUCCCACUCGCAUCCUCCCUUACUCUGUCUCAGUGCACGCGUGCGUUCGGAGGGUCUGCGAAACCGUUUUGGGAGCCGCAUGAGACGGAGAAGAGAGAUAAAAAGGAGAAGAGGAGGAGACCGUUGAGCGGCAGCUGAACCCCAAUGGAGGGACAUUGAAGGGCAAGGAACCAGAGUGUGAGGCUGUCAAAGAAGACGGGAUUAAUUCACGCGAGCGAGGAGAUGGCCGAGGCACCGAUACAACAACCGCAAGAACAGACAGAAGAGGAGCAGCUGAGCUCUUCGGGGUCGACAGAGGCCGACGAAGAUGUGGAAGACCUGAAAGAAGACGUCCAGACCCCCCCAACGAGACCCCUGCUGUCCAUGAGGUCCUUGAGCAUCGUGGACCCCGAUGACGACUCCCCUAACAUGAUUGUCUACAGAAAAAUCGAAGACAUCGUCACCCUGAUCCAGGAUGAGACGGAAGGCGUUCCCAUCAGGACGGUCAAAAGCUUCAUGACCAAAAUUCCCAGCGUCGUCACUGGCACGGACAUCGUUCAGUGGAUGAUGAAGAACCUUGCGAUUGAAGAUCCAGGGCUCUGUUCUGCCGCUUCUUCCUCAGCUGAGGCCAUGCACAUCGGAAGCCUGAUCGCAGCACAGGGCUACUUCUUCCCCAUUUCCGAUCACGUUCUCUCCCUGAAGGACGAUGGCACCUUCUAUCGUUUUCAGGCGCCAUAUUUCUGGCCGUCUAAUUGCUGGGAGCCUGAAAACACCGAUUACGCCAUUUAUCUGUGCAAGCGGACCAUGCAGAAUAAGACCAGGCUGGAGCUGGCGGAUUACGAGGCGGAGAACCUCGCUAGGCUUCAGAGAGCCUUUGCCAGGAAGUGGGAGUUCAUCUACAUGCAGGCUGAGGCCCAGGUCAAGAUUGACAGGAAAAAAGAAAAAACCGAGAGGAAGAUCCUUGACAGCCAGGAGAGAGCCUUCUGGGAUGUCCACCGGCCCGUGCCAGGCUGUGUGAACACCACAGAGAUGGACAUCAGGAAAUGCAGACGGAUGAAGAAUCCUCAUCGAGUUAAGAAGUCCGUCUACGGUUUGGCAGAGGAGGGCACGCAGUCGCGAAGUCCAAUCCAUACUCCCUCUCACCAUUCCAGGAAGGGAACGAAGGAGGACGUGGAGAAAGAGAUCUUAUUCCUGAAUGCCCAGCUCGAUCGACACCGUUUGAAAAUGUCCAAAGUUGCUGAGAGUCUGAUAAGCUACACGGAGCAGUAUUUGGAGUACGACCCCUUGGUGACACUGCAGGAGCCGUCGAACCCGUGGACCAGUGAAGACCAAUCCUAUUGGGACCUGGAGGCCAGCAAGGAGCCUGGUCAGCAGAGGGUGAAGAAGUGGGGUUUCUCCCUGGAGGAGGCUCUGAAGGACCCGGCGGGGCGUGAUCUGUUCCUCAAGUUCCUGGAGUCCGAAUUUAGCUCUGAAAACCUGCGCUUCUGGUUGGCCGUGCAGGAGCUAAAGAGAAUCCCGCAGCACGAGGUGGCGCAGAGAGCGCAGGAGAUCUGGGCCGAGUUCCUGGCCGAAGGGGCUCCCAGUUCCAUCAAUCUGGAUUCGCACAGCUAUGAGCGCACAAGUCACAACCUCAAAGAUCCUGGACGCUACAGCUAUGAGGACGCACAGGAUCACAUUUACAAGCUGAUGAAGAGUGACAGCUACUCUCGCUUCCUGCGCUCCAGCAUCUACCAGGACCUGCUGAAUUCAAGAAAUAAGCUGGAAACGGAACAGGGCCGACGGACCUCGCUGGAGAAGUUCACACGCAGUGUGGGUAAGUCGUUGACUGGGAAACGUCUGACAGGCCUCAUGCAGUCGUCCUGAAGAGGUCCGGACGCAGAGCUGAAUGCGUGGUACCCAAAGGACCAUGGCUUGUGCCUGUGGGGUAUUGAGCGGGAACCCAUGAGGGCGCCCGACUGCUGGACUGAAUCGGACCGCCGCCGCGCUCGAUAACUCUCUCCGGAUGAGUUAAAGAAGGCCAACAGCAUGCAAUAAAUAAUCCGAGCUGACUCUGGGACAGCAGAAUGACAGUGCGGAGGACGCACAAAAAAAAAAAAGAAAAUAAAACAAGUACAAAAGUAAGUGGCACUCGUUCAUGGCACUUGGCUGGGUUCCUUCUCCACUCACGUUUCUGUUAGUGAGCUGCCGAAGCUGUCCGCUUACUUUAAUGUGGAAAAAAUAAGCCUUGGAUGUGAUUCAUGCUGGAGUUCCACCUUCUUGGAUGCGAGUAUUCAUCACCAUGGCGAUGUCUGACAGAGGCUGUGAUUGACAGGAAAAACAUGACUCCCGACUCUGAGUGGACCUGCUGGAAGAUUGCACUAGCACUGAAGGUAAAAUGGGUCAAAAUACACGUGUAAUCGUGAUCAGUUUACAAGCACAAAAAAAAAAUAAAUCUACCAACAUAACACUUAAACGUUGAUAUUUUCCAAUGGGUUCCAAUCUUCUAAACAUUCCACUUUGUGUAGCCACAGCAUCAAACAUAUCUGGCGACUCUCCAGUCAUUCUCAUGUAAAGAAAAAUAUGAAAAUAAAAGUGGAAUGCACAACA